GCGGUGCGGUGAGGGGCGCAUGGCAGCGUGCGGGCGGGCGGGGCUCGGCGCCCGGUCGGGCGAGAGUUGUGUAGGGUAAACUCGCGGCGUCACGCGCGGCGCCUCGGGGCCCUCCUCCGGCUGAAGGGAGCGGCGAGGCGGCGACGAGAUGAUCGAGACGCUGGUGAGCAGCGAUGCCCGCGCGCUGCUGUACCGCCUGACGGCUCUGCUGGAGCAGGAGCCGCGCUGCCAGCCCAAGGGCUCGGGCCUGAGGCUGAUCGAGUCCGCCCAUGACAACGGCCUCCGAAUGACCGCGAGGCUGCGAGACUUCGAAGUGAAGGAUCUGCUCAGCCUCACUCAGUUCUUCGGCUUCCACACGGAGACCUUCUCGCUGGCCGUCAACUUCUUAGACAGGUUCUUGUCCAGAAUGAAGGUACAGCCUAAACACUUGGGCUGUGUUGGACUGAGCUGUUUCUACCUGGCUGUGAAGGCAACAGAAGAAGAGAGAAAUGUUCCCUUAGCCACCGACUUAAUUCGAAUAAGCCAAUAUAGGUUCACUGUUUCUGAUAUGAUGAGAAUGGAGAAAAUCGUACUGGAGAAGCUUUCUUGGAAAGUCAAAGCAACAACAGCCUUCCAGUUUCUGCAGCUUUAUUAUUCGCUCAUUCAUGAGAAUUUAAGCUGUGAAAGGAAAAGAUACCUUAAUUUUGAGAGACUUGAGACCCAGCUUAAGGCAUGUCACUGCAGAAUCAUGUUUUCUAAAGCUAAGCCUUCUGUUUUAGCACUGUCUAUUAUGGCAGUAGAGAUAGAAGAACAAAAACUACUGGAGUUGACAGAGGCAUUGGAAUUUCUGCAGUUGCAUUCCAAGAUAAACAACAGAGAAUUGACCUUCUGGAAGGAAUUGGUGUUGAAGUGCCUUACAGAAUAUUCCUCAAGCAAGUGUUCCAAACCAAAUGUCCAGAAAUUAAAAUGGAUCGUGUCUGGACGUACAGCACGGCAGCUUAAGCAUAGCUAUUAUAGAAUAACACACCUUCCUACAAUUCCAGAAAUCAGCUCAUAAUAGGAGUACAAUAAAAGGAGAGAAUCAGCCUGAAACCUGUUCACAGCAGAUGAAGAUUCAAGAAACAUCUUAAUGAAGAACUUGACUUUUGCAAGAAUAUAUAGUGGUUCAGACUAGAAUUCCUUGCAGCAAAUGUUCUUUUCCAUGAUGACUAUGAUACCUAAUGUUAGCUUUUGAUCUUACUUACUAGACGAUUUACUAUUUGAGCAGUAAAAUGUCACAAUACUGAUGCAAAGAAUUUAAUACCUUAUAGUUCGUAGGGCAGCUUGUGUAAUCUAACUUUGUUUUACAGCAAGUGCAGGUGCAAAAUUAUAUAUUAGAUUGAAAAAAUGUGGUUCAUUUUCCAAAGACUACUUGACACUAGGUAAACAUAUGCAGUAGCACAGUGCUUCAGUGUCUCAGGCAAACUAAAGACCAUCUUACUCAAUAUUGAUAGGAAUAACAAAUGUUCAUCAGCCCACCUGACAUGCUGUUUGAAUAGCAGCAUGCACCUGUGUUCAUACAGGGCAGGGUGCUCACCUUUACUGUGGAUACAAAAUGAAAAUAAGGUUUUGUGAUGCCUGUGGUGUAGUCAUUAACGUCAGUGCAUCAGUAACAUCGGUAUUAUAUAAGAAGUGUGGUUUGCUGAGAUUAUGGAUGAGGGCAAGUGUAUGGAAACUUCAUAAUACCUAGUGAUGGCUGGGGAGAAAGCACCACAGCACCUGCUCCAAAUUGGGUAUGAGUUUGCCAGGGUUCCACUGUACAAAGAGUAAAUGCUGAUACAGAACAAGAGGGACAAGCACAGUCAGAAAUGUUCAACCUUCACUGUGCUCCUACUUACAGGCUAUUCAACAUUAGGAAAACAUGAAGACUUGCAACCAUAGUCUGUUUAACAGUAAGCUUACUAAGUAAAAUUGCUGUUUUUCCCUGAAGGUUAAGUCAGUACUUGAAGUGUAUCGUGCUGCUGGUACUAAUGUGAAAGUGAACAAGAAGAAUAUGUUAUUGUAUGUAAGAUGGAUGAGGAUUUGGGGGAAUGUUGCUUAUGACUCCUUGAAUUCUGUUAAGAACCGGUUGGUGUAUGAAUGGAGUCAGUGGAGAAGGAAGGAAUCUGCACGUUUUGAAUACUCUGUGGACUUACCAGGCUAGCCUACCAAAUCCAUCUCCUUUAUGGUAAUAAUGGAUGAGGAGAUUAUUCUUCACUUAUCUCAAACUAGUUAAACUUCUCACAGAAAACUACAUACCAAAGCUCUGUCCUGGACAAAUCAGGCUUUCUCAUAAACUCAUGGGAAUGGUUAUGCUGCAUAAUAUUGAAUUGUGUUUUCCAUCCACCAGUGCAAUGCAUGCAUUGUGCUGAAAGGAACACAGGUGAUGUAUACAAAUGGGUGGUCAGCUUACUGGGAGAGAGCAAGAUGCAGCAUGCAGUUGUGCUGGUAUUGUCAUGUCUCAAGAUAUGUACCUUUCAAUUAAAGACUGAAAUGCAGAAAA